AAAGAAGAAGCAGGGUGACAGGCAGAAGCCAUGAAUUGAGGUUUACCACUAAUCCUGUCAUCCAUCUCUGUCUGGGCCCGACUAUUCCGCUGUUUGUGCUUUUGCCUUGCUCUGGCCUUUCUCCUCCGUCCCUCCCCCUCUCUCGCCGUUUCCCAAUUGACCCUUUUCUGUUUUAAUUCCGUUUUCCUUUACGAUUUCCCCUCCUUUCUUUUUUGGCAUUUUUAACUGCGGUGAGAUCUGUUCUGAUCUGAUCUCUCUCUCUCUAUCCUCUGCCAUUUUACUAUGAUAUCGUUUUCAGUGCAUUCAAAGCCGUCUGAUUUUUUCCUUCGCUUUUUCUAAUCCCGAGAAGAUAAGCUUUUUUUUUUUUUUUGCUUUAACAGAUUGGGAUGGGAGGUACGUUGUUACUUGGUGAUUAAGUUAUUUUAGUGUAAUUUGUAAUUUCUGGUUUCUGUUUUAUUUUUUGAAAGGGAUUAGGGUUGUUAGGUUAUCAAUGCCUGUCAUGUUCUGAUUCAUGUUUUAUUGCUGCUGGCAUUUGUUUGUAUGUCUUGUGUUUUGGCAUAUCUGGAGGAUUGAUCCAUAAACUUUUUCUGUCAUCGGGAUCUGAUCAGGGAUUUCGUCAUCAUUUGAAUCGAUUGUGUUUUCAAGAUUUUAUUAUUUUUGGUGAUAAAGGUUGGAUUUUAUUUUUUUUGUUAUUUGAAGGACAAUUUUGAUCUGUUUCUUUUUAAGAGUUAAAACUCUGAGGCAGUUAGUGAGUGAGUGCAAGAGGUGAUGACUUGAUUGAACAUGAAAAAUGGGUUUACAUUGGACCACGCAUUCCCAAUUUUUAACAAAAGGGAGCUGAGAUAUCGCUAGCUUGUUUAGUUUGGCCGGGGAAAGGAAAGUGGAGGGCUUUGAUUGUGGUGGUGAGUAUUUGUUAAAAGUGGGGAAAGUUACAUACAGAAUUCUCUUAUGUGGACAUUCGAGAAUAAUUUAUGAGUUGUGGGUGGUGGCCGUUGCCAUUACCACCGGAUCAUUCUUCUACCUCUUUGGGGUCUCCAAACAUCAACAACAGCAACGAAGAUACCGUCUCUAUUGGAGAUACUGAUUUUUGUCUGAAAUCUGUUGAAUCUCACCCUUCUUCUAGUGUUAAGACAAAUCAGUUCCCCUCUGGGGACCUUCAUUUACGUAAGCAGUUGUCCUUGGCAUGCCCUGCAGAGGAGAGUGGACAACUGCUUUCUUCGGGUGUAAUGGAGUUGCAGAACAGCAAUCACAUGCCCACCUCCUUUGAAAUCUCUAAAGGGUCUACCUUGGUGCAGGAAAAGCAUUGUAAGUCAGAGAGGGUUCACCAUAAAAGUACACAGUUUGGAGAUAAUCUUCUUCAUGGAGAGAAUCCCAGGUUAAUCUACAUUAAUGAUCCUAGGAGAACCAAUGACAAGUAUGAGUUCACUGGGAAUGAGAUCACAACAAGCAAGUACACUCUGAUUACUUUCUUGCCCAAGAAUCUUUUCAUUCAGUUCCAUCGGGUAGCCUAUUUAUAUUUUCUGGCUAUUGCUGCUCUCAACCAGCUUCCCCCUCUUGCCGUCUUUGGGAGAACAGUGUCUCUUUUCCCCCUCCUGUUUGUGCUUUGCGUGACAGCGGUUAAAGAUGGCUAUGAGGAUUGGCGAAGACACAGAUCAGAUCAAAAAGAGAACAAUCGGGAAGCUCUGGUGCUUCAAGGUGAUCAAUUUCAGUUGAAGAAAUGGAAAAAAAUCCAGGCUGGUGAGGUUGUGAAAAUCCUUUCUGAUGAGACAAUUCCAUGUGACAUGGUCUUGUUGAGCACUAGUGAUCCUAGUGGGCUUGCUUACAUUCAGACAAUGAUUUUGGAUGGUGAAUCAAACUUGAAGACAAGGUAUGCUAGGCAAGAAACAGUUUCUGCUCUAUCUGAAAAUCCUAUAUCAGGGCUGAUCAGAGAAGAUUCUGUAUCAGGACUGAUCAGAUGUGAGCAACCCAACAGGAAUAUUUAUGAGUUUACUGCCAAUAUGGAGUUCAAGGGGCAAAAAUUUCCCUUAAGCCAAUCAAACAUCGUGUUGCGUGGUUGUCAGUUGAAGAACACUGAAUCAAUAAUUGGUGUUGUAGUAAAUGCAGGACAGGAAACUAAAGCAAUGUUGAACAGUGCAGCAUCCCCAUCCAAGAGAAGCAGAUUGGAAGGUUACAUGAAUAGGGAAACUCUGUGGUUGUCUGUUUUUCUUUUGGUCAUGUGUAUGGUUGUGGCCUGCGGAAUGGGUCUAUGGCUUCAACACCAUGAAGAGGAGCUUAAUACUUUGCCUUAUUACAGGAAAGUAUAUUUCACAUACGGGAAGGACAAAUUUAAGAAGUACAAAUAUUAUGGGAUUCCCAUGGAGACUUUUUUCUCCUUUUUAAGCUCUAUCAUAGUGUUUCAGAUAAUGAUACCAAUUUCUCUGUACAUUACAAUGGAAUUGGUUCGAUUGGGACAGUCAUAUUUCAUGAUUGAAGACAGGUACAUGUAUGACAGCAGCUCUGAUUCAAGGUUUCAGUGCAGAUCUUUGAAUAUAAAUGAGGAUUUGGGUCAAAUACGAUAUGUAUUUUCAGACAAAACUGGGACACUUACAGAAAACAAAAUGGAAUUUAGAAGAGCAAGUGUUUACGGGAAGAAUUAUGGGAGUUCCUUGCUUGUGACUGAUUCAUUAGAAGGACAGGGAACUGGAGCUGGAAAAGUUGGUAAAAGGAGAUGGAAACUUAACUCGGAAAUUGCUAUUGAUUAUGAACUAAUGGAGUUGUUGACCAAAGACUUAGCUGGUGAUGAUCGAACUGCUGCACAUGAGUUUUUCCUUACACUGGCUGCGUGUAAUACUGUGAUUCCUAUUCCGAGUUCUGGAAGAUCAUCUAGUUGCACCAGAAUCGAAUUACUUGAUAAUGUAGAAGCUAUUGAUUAUCAGGGUGAAUCUCCAGAUGAGCAAGCUCUAGUUUCUGCAGCCUCAGCAUACGGAUACACUCUCUUUGAGCGCACAUCUGGCCAUAUUGGGAUAGAGAUCCAAGAUGAGAGAUUGAGGUUUGAUGUGUUGGGGUUGCAUGAAUUUGAUAGCAUUCGCAAAAGAAUGUCAGUUGUUAUCAGAUUUCCCGAUGAUAGUGUGAAGGUGUUGGUGAAGGGUGCUGAUACUUCAAUGUUCAGUAUAUUAGCUAAAGGUUCUGAGAGGAAUGACCUUGUCAGGCAUGCAACGGAGAGCCAUCUGGCUGAAUAUUCAUCACAGGGCUUACGCACUCUUGUUGUUGCUGCAAGGGAUCUUACUGAUGCAGAACUUGAGCACUGGCAGUGCUUGUAUAAAGAUGCAAGCACCUCAUUAGCUGAUAGAGCUCAAAAACUUCACCAAACAGCAUUGUUUAUUGAAUCCAACUUAAAUUUACUUGGGGCUACUGGAAUUGAGGACAAGUUACAGGAUGGUGUACCGGAAGCAAUUGAGGCCCUUCGGCAAGCAGGAAUUAAGGUCUGGGUUCUGACUGGAGAUAAACAAGAGACAGCAAUUUCAAUUGGUCUUUCUUGCAAACUUCUGUCCACUGACAUGCAGCAAAUAAUUAUAAAUGGCAAUUCUGAGGAGGCAUGCAAAAAUCUUUUAGCUGCUGCAAAAGCUAAAUACGGUGUGAAAUCGUCCAAUAAAAAAAAGAGGAGUUUGAAAUCAGAAGAUACUGGAAACAACCAUCUUGAGAUUCCGAAUGAUACGAAGUCUUCCAAUGUGCGAGAAGCUUGUGCUGGGAAGGAGGAAGUGAAUGAAUCAUUGGCACUCAUAAUUGAUGGAAAUAGUUUGGUGUAUAUUCUGGAGAAGGAUUUGGGGACAGAUCUUUUUGACCUUGCAACUUCCUGUCGGGUCGUGCUAUGCUGUCGGGUUGCGCCAUUGCAGAAAGCUGGAAUUGUUGAUCUGAUCAAGAGCCGAACUGAUGAUAUGACUCUGGCCAUAGGUGAUGGGGCCAAUGAUGUUUCUAUGAUUCAAAUGGCGGAUGUUGGUGUUGGAAUAUGUGGUCAGGAAGGGCGUCAAGCAGUGAUGGCAUCAGACUUUGCAAUGGGGCAGUUUCGGUUUCUGAAAAGAUUACUCUUGGUGCAUGGACACUGGAAUUAUCAGCGUGUUGGCUAUUUAAUUUUAUACAACUUCUACCGUAAUGCUGUUUUUGUAUUGAUACUAUUCUGGUACAUAUUAUGCACAGGCUUUUCAACUACUUCUGCGUUAACAGAUUGGAGUAGUGUAUUUUAUUCUGUUGUAUAUACAUCUGUGCCAACAAUUUUUGUUGGUAUUCUAGACAAAGACUUAAGUCAUAGGACAUUGUUACAGUAUCCAAAACUGUAUGGUGCGGGGCAUAGACAUGAGGCAUAUAAUAUGCACCUCUUCUGGAUCACUAUGUGUGACACACUAUGGCAAAGUCUUGUACUCUUCUUUAUUCCUUUCUACAUUUACAAGGAGAGCACAAUUGAUAUCUGGAGCAUGGGCAGUUUGUGGACAAUUGCAGUAGUUGUCCUUGUUAAUAUACACCUGGCCAUGGAUAUACAGCGAUGGAUAUUUAUUACUCAUGCAGCGGUAUGGGGUUCUAUAGUUAUAACAUACGCUUGCAUGGUGACACUGGAUUCUUUCCCUAUUUUACCGAACUACUGGACAAUCUACCAUCUGGUUAAGUCACCAACCUAUUGGCUCACCAUUGUACUUAUUAUAAUUGUCGCAUUGCUCCCACGUUUUCUUUUGAAAGCUUUACAUCAAUAUUUGUGGCCUUCGGAUAUCCAGAUUGCCAGAGAAGCUGAGAUACUAAGAAAACAAGCUAAUUAUGUGAGUUCAAAAACAAGUGAGGAUUCCAGUUAGCAUGUCCUUUACUCCCCUUGUUGUUGAACCCAUCUCAAAGUGGCUUUCCAUGAGUUCAUGCUUUGUAUGGCUCUCCUAUGGCUUCUAGUUGUGAAGUUCUGUGGUAAGUUCCAAAACGCUGAUUUUGCACCAGUAACUGAAAGAAAUAGUGGCAUUGAGACAACAGAGCGGAGAGUUACCCGGUUAUUGUAUUUUCAGGGCAGGUGAGGGGAUCAAAACCCCGAUGAGAGUUGUUUGAGCGUAUUGAAAUUCCCAGUUGGAUGAUUGAAGUCGGAAAGUAAACGAAGGUUGGUAAAUGUGAGACUGGGAGUGGAGCUUUUGAAUCUUGUUCAAUUCUUUUUGUUGAGAAAUAGCAGAAGUAAGAUUUUGAUCACAUAUCAGUGGCCUGGAAUGGCUAGCUUGGACAGAAAAUAUAAUGUAGUAUAUAGCAGUAAGUGCAAAGAUCACCAGGUUGACCCUUUUGUUUCACUGAAAAAUAUGGGGAUAAAAGAAAGAAGAAAAAAAGGAAAAUUGUUGAUAGAAAUACAGGUCAUUUUAUUGAAUUUCAUUUUGCCUUUAUACCAAA